AUGGACUCCAGCGUCUGCUUGCUCCGAUUCAGCCAAGGCGAUGAGGGCAUCGUAGACUUCAGCUGUUUGGUAUCGAACAGCUUUAACACCGUCAAUUCUGCACUCCCAGCGUGUUUCACAUACUGGCUUCACAGUGACAUUGACAUGAUCUGCUGCUGGGCAGUGACGGGCCCCGGGGCAGUGCGCGGGUCCCCGGGCGGGUCGGUGGCUGUGCGGUGCCGGUACCGGGGUGGCUCUGAGGAUGAUCCGAAGUUCUGGUGCCGGGAAGGAGGAAGGUGGCGCUGUUCCGACGGGCUUUUCAUCGUGGAGACCAGUGGGUCGGAGGCCGAGGUGAGGCAGGGCAGAGUCUCCAUCCAGGACAAUCACACCGAGCUCGCCUUCACCGUGACCGUGGAGAACCUGACCCAGGCAGACGCCGGCACGUACCACUGCGGGGUGGGGAAGCCUGGGCGUCUUGACCCCAGGGCCGCUGUGGAACUCACCGUCUCCCCAGGUAAAUCCCGGCGCUGCCCCCCAGCAGUGUCGGGGCUGCCGGGCUUGGGGCACGGCCGGGGGGCGGUGGAAGAGGGGCGGGUGUCUGGACUGGCAGAUCUGCUAUCGAACCGAAACCUGCCCCGAACUAGAUCUCUGUUUUUCUCUACAGCUGUUCCUUAUGCAAUUCAGACUGAAACGACACCACAAGGAACAAAGCAGCCAGAUGUGUCUUCUUCAACAAAAGCUGAAUCCAGUUGCUCCCCUACCGCACACACCAUUCCUACACACACCACUCCUACACGAUUCCAACCCAUCAUCAUCUGUUUCCUGCUCCUGGUCUUAUUGAAGGUUCUCCUCCUCCUGUGCAUCGUCUGUGUGCUGAUCUGGAUGAGCGUACGCUACAGGAGGCGUCCCAGGGAGAUGGUGCCAGAGAGACAGACAAGCUCAUGAACUGCCUCUUUGCUAGCUCUUAGAAAUGGAUCGGAACCGGCAGACAGAGGAUUCAUUUUCCAGGUUUGCGCAGAAUAUCCCACACCAUGGGCCUGAUUUUCUUCUCCUGUCAAGUGAAGCUAUUGCCCUCACGUUCUCCGAGGAUGAAGUCUGCCGGAGGUGUCUGUCUCGAUGGUUCCCAGGCCCAGGAACCCAGGCUCUUAUCAGGGGGUUGGAGAGCCCAGGGCCAAAUUCAUGCCUGGUUUAAGCAAGUGUAACUCCGCUGAAGUCCCAGAACCAAACACAAGGUCAGAGCCAGCAGUGACAGAGGCUGCCCCUGAGUCAGCUGGGCUCUACAUAGUCACAGUGACCUGAGGUGAAAAGCGGGAGCUGCCACCAGGUGUGCUCCAGAAGGGAUUCUGUACCUGGAAUUCCCUUGAUCCGGAUCCUCCCAGAUCUGUUGACACUGCAAAGGCCAUCUCAUUUUCCAGGCUUCUGGGGAGCUGGGCUGUACUAAGAACUGGGAUUUGUGCAUCGAAGCACGGGGUCACGCUAAUGGAAUAACAUUUUUUCCUAAAGCGAAGCCAUUUAUGAAAGAAAACAGACGCAACUGCAGAGGGAGACAGACGUCCACACAGCUUGAGUCCCAGCUUGCCUGUUUGCUUACUCAGCCCCACACCCUCUCUGGGACAACGUACAGUUCACACAGACCCCUACUGGGUGAAUGAUGGAACUACAAGCACACAUAUUAUUGUUGAAUAUUCUUUUUAACCCCUUCCUAGAUUUGGGGAAGCUGCUGUGUUUAUUUUUGUUUGUACUGUUUGUAUUUUUAGUUUAUGGCAAAUGCACCUGGAGCCCUGGAUAGAAUUUUUAAUGUUUUAGAUAAGUAAAUGAAUAGGUACAGUAUUUUACAUUAAAUUACUAUAACAAAUGGCUAGUAUCUAAGGUGCCACAAGUACUCCUUUUCUUUUUGCGAAUACAGAGUAACACGGCUGUUACUCUGAAACCUGUCAUUAUGCAAGGCACUGCAUUUAGCCGUAUGGAGCGGAAAUCUAUCAACUGCAUGAAAAAACUUGUACAGACACAGACAGACAUCAUCUUCCUUUCCAACUGCAAACAGAUGGACAUCGUACCAAAAGGACUGAAGGUAAAAAAUCCAUUACAAUCUACAUACCACACAGACUAUGCUGACAGCUUGUGCCACACGCUCUCAAUUUUUGAUUAGUCUCUAAGGUGCCACAAGUACUCCUUUUCUUUUUGCGAAUACAGACUAACACGGCUGUUACUCUGAAAUAUAACAUUACAAUGACCAAAAUUGUCACACAUUGAAUUGUAGUCCAUGUCCGUCUGUUCUGAGCAAGAACAUGAAACAAUGAACAAAGCAUGAAGGGACAGUAGCCUUGUAAAUAUGUAAAAGACAUAGCUAGUAGAAAAGAGAUAGUAGGAUAGUAGGCAACAUGUGAUUGCUUGCAGCAUGUGUACAGCUCAUGAUCUAGACAGGGACUGGGUACAAAAAUAAGUGGACCAAUCACAGAGUGUGUGAUCUGAUCUAUUAACCAGUAGUAUUAAGUGUAAGUGUGUCCAGAAGCUGAUUCACGAUUAUGUACAUUGGAUGUGUGAUAUACCCUCUUCCCACCCUCUACACUUGAGCCUGAUUAACUCAAGUAUAGUUUGAUUGUAUGCCAAUA